AUGUGGAGAUAUGUUUCGCUGAUUGCUGGAAAUGCUGCCUUCUUCGUGCCGUUAGACUCAAACAGCAUCAAGGCGCUCUUUGGCCGCUUCGCACUGCUGGAGCCACCCUCUGCAAUAUGCCCUGGAGAGGACGAUGACUCGUGGCACCCCUUCUGCGCCUUUGGACUGAGCGAGGUCAUUGAAUGUCAGUACAAUGGCUACCAGUAUUCGAUGGAGUGGUACUUUCUCGAGAUGCUCCGCAACAAUCGGCAAUACCGAAGUGAGGACCUCGAAGAUGCGGAGUUUAUUUAUUUCCCCCAUUGCGUGUCACAGCUCUACUUUGCCCUGCGACAAAGAUUCAACUUUACGCAUUGGCAGGCCAUCGAGCGAGCGGAGUUGGGAUAUUUGGUUCCGAUUUUGAGAUGGGCACAUCGAUCUCCGGCUCAUCAAAGGCAUCAUGGCCGGAACUUUUGGACUGUCUUCAGCAUGGACCUGGGACGCCAGGAUUUCCCUCGAUCUGCGGCAUGGCUGGAACCCUGGAGCGUUGGAUCUUUGACAGGGAGUGCAACAUGGAUGCGAGACAACGACAUGUUCUUCAAAACUCACAGCGAUUCGCUGAGCAGCGCUCGAAAGGAUGCUGACGGUUCAGACUGUUGGGAUUUGGACACUGCUCCAGUUGCCUUGGCAAACACGAUGUUUCCUGCCCGAAACUUUCGGGUCCAGGACACAGUGAUCUCUAUUCCUUCCCGAUUUUCACCGCACCCCCGAUCCCGUCGUUUUGGAGGUCGUCCAGUCCUCGCCUACUUUGCGGGCUCACCGAACUCUUGUGCCAGGGAAAGGAUUGUGAAGGUGCUGUCCGGGGAACCUGGCUUCGAUGUCUCCACAUCCUUUGCCAAGAGCAAUGAUGACUACCGUGAGCGGAUGUGGCGAGCACGAUUCUGCUUUGUUCUUCGAGGCUCAUCCCACACCAACAACGUUCGCCUUUAUGAUGUCAUCGCACAUGGCUGCGUGCCGAUCAUCGUCUCUGACGACUUCCAACCUCCACUGGACCGACUGUUGCCGUGGAAGGACAUGGCAAUCUUCUUGCCGACCUCAAGCAUUCCAAGGCUUGUACAUCUCCUUCGUCAUGAGAUCACAGAAGAAGAUCGAUGGCGUUGCUUCCGGAACAUCGCCCUCGGAAGCCCACAAGGUGAGAAAGGAUUCCCAGAGGAUUUGGAAGCAGCGAAGCACAUGGCUUCAAAGUUUGCUUUGGACCGUGACACCCUUUGGAGUGGGCUUUCAGCUGGCCGCGUCUUCGAGUGGCACGACAGCCAUUUCUGGAUACUCUUUUACGCAGAUGUUGCAAACAAGCUGCGGGAUCGUGUGAAGCAGGCAGUUGAGAAGGCUGUGCACCCCGCACCCCUUCGCGUCAAGACUCUCGAGCAACCAGAGGGUUCGCCAACCCCCCGGGGAUCUUUCCUGGCUCUCCAAUGGCUGCUGGAUCUCCAUCAUCGCAGGGAGAAACGUUCGCCACAAGUAGUCCGCUGUGGAAGCGAUUCCUUUUCUUCUCAAGGCAGGUCUAGCCCUUCCUUGAAGCCUUUGGAGGAGUUCGACGUGGGUGGUGGCUUCAACCUAGCAGUGACAAACAGGCAUAGCUGCAAGAGCGAACCCACCAAGUUCCAGAAUGCAGUCUUACAGGUCAGUUCAGAUUGCGAGAUGUCCAUUUGGGAGCUUUUGAAAAAGAAUUCUCCGCAGAUACUUUGGAUUGACAAUACUACAGCGGAGUUGCGAAAAGACUUGGCCUUUGUUGGUUGGCUGUGCUUCUCUCAGGCCACUUUGCAACCCCUCUUCCAUCCGUUCGAGCUUGAGGGGUUGAAGCCGGUGAUAUGCGGACAGGAGCGUGAUGGUGACUUGGAAAAGCUCUUGAAGCUUGGCUCCUCGCAAAGCUCGGAGCGAUGGGGUGCACAAUUCACAUUCUGGCACCAUCAAGAGAAUACCAGAGGUCGAUUCCUCUACACCUAA